AUGGUUUUGGACUUUCCUAUAACCCUGCCCCCCCCCUUUUCAUUUUGCCAGGAUGGAGCCCUAACUCCACCCCGGGAUGGGUCUCUACCCACACUGACUGAGGUAAAUUUCAAUGGGCUGGCCAACCGCUCGGAACUGAUGAAGCCUGAUCCCAGCUCCGGCUUCCGUGUCUACGUCCUAGGCAGUCGUCUGAACAAGGGCGGACUCAAUACUCUCACCGUGGAAACCCCAUUUUCAGCCAGUCAGCAUGCCGCGGCACAGCCCAAGGCCAUCAGACGGAAUUUGUACACGUGGCGUGCUCCACCCAAACCAACGGCACCCAAGGAUGAGGUAAACCUGGUGUUCUUUUCUUGUAUAUUUGCAUUUUUCCUGUCCUACCAUGCCCAGACAGAGGAGGAACGACCGAAAAUGCAGGUAGAUUUAUACAGUCCGUUUCGGACUGUUUCUGCCUUCAUUCACACAGCCUGA